CGAAGAGUCGCUUUCACCCAAAAAAAAAAAAAAAUCGUGGAUAGAGUCCCCUCUCUCAUUUACUACUGCAAGACAAGUGUCUCCUCGCCUAAAAAUCGCAAAACCCUAACUCUAGUCUUUCAAACUCUCUAAUGUGGAACUAUAUUCAAAUUUUUCAUCAAUCUGGGCAAACAAGUUUGAGCCAUGGCUUCCACCGAACCACUUGAAGGACGACAUACUGGGUGUGGAAUAGUGCAAUGGUAUCAGCCAGUUGCAUUGGAUGAUCGUGUUUCUAAGGAACUGAAUGUCGAUCCUGUAUUUGAGAAUGUUCCACGUAGCUGCAGAUCAAGGCGGAGAACUAUUGGCAAGGAAACAAUUAAAGUUGCAGAAUCUGGAAAUCAUGAAAAUGAAGGGCACCUAGGUGGAAACCUUUUAAAUAAAAGGCAACGUACACGUAGGAAAAGGACAAGGAGAGCUUUAGCUGAUUCAAGUGAUUCGGAAGUUAUUAUCCCACACAUCCGACUUCGUGGGCGACAAAGGGGAACAGUGGAUUACAGUAACUUAACCACCAAGUACAGGAAGUUAGACUCAAAAACUUUUGAGGGCUACUUGGAAGACAUAUGGAGCAGGAUUUCUGAAGAGCAGAGGAACUCAUUUGUAUAUCUGGAUAGUCUGUGGUUUUCCUUGUACAUGCAGUCCCCUUUCAAAGAAAAGGUGUUGAAUUGGGUUAAAAGGAAGAACAUAUUCUCAAAAAAAUACAUCAUGGUUCCCAUUGUAAUGUGGUCUCACUGGAGCCUCUUGAUCUUGUGCAACUUCGGCCAAAGCGAGCAAUCACAAACUAUAACUCCCUGCAUGUUGUUGUUGGACUCACUUCAAACAACGGAUCCUAGGAGGCUUGAACCUGGAAUAAGAAAGUUUGUCUUAGACAUACAUAAUGUUGAGGAGAGGCCUAGGAACAAGCUUUUGCUUAACAAAAUUCCAUUUCUGAUUCCUCAGGUUCCACAGCAGAGAAAUGGUGAAGAAUGUGGAUGCUAUGUCCUUCAAUAUAUCAGCUUGUUUAUUGAGAAUGCUCCUGAAAAUUUUAGCAUUUCUGAUGGGUACCCUUACUUUUGUAGCAUGUCUUCAUACUGAUGGAUUGUUCCUCUCGUUAUGCAUCAUAGAUGAAAGAAGACUGGUUCGCUCUUGAAGGAUUGGAUAACUUCUGCAAAACACUAGAACUAAAUUCGGCUAGCAGGAAUUCUUCUAUUCUGGAAGAAUAGAUUGCGAUGGUGCUUGGCUGCCUGUAUCUUGCAGUUCUGAAUAUAAACGAUAACUGCCUGUAAAGUUAUAAAAAGGGGGGAAUAAAAAGGCCUAGAUGGGUGUUCACUGAAAAUGGUUUGAGGGCCUGUUUCGAGUCUUGAUUGAUUUAGAGGCUUGUAUAUAUAUUAGUUGACUUGUGCAUCCUAGAAAUCAUUCUCGAAAUUGUUACUUUAGUACCCUUUUUUGAACGUCAAACAGGUAGUUAUAUUGCAUUGCACCCCCAAAUAGUGUAUUGCUAAAAUUAAGCUUUAUGCCUUUUGGCUGAGACUUCAUGUUGCCUUUCACCUUUUGUUGGGUGGGAAUAUGUUUGAGUGAUUUCAUGUUACGUGUCCAACUUGACACAAACUGUCAUGUAAAUAUCAAUUUUUACUUGCGAGUCUGCGAUCAUUGUAUGUAAA